GUUGGUGAGAGUUCCCCACCUUGUACCCACAUUUUCCCUUCACCUACGCCCAAUAUUGAAAAAGAAUAUUAAAGAAAUGUAGUGUUAUUAUAAAAAAUUUCCAUUUGUCCUAGAUAAAAUGUGCAAAAUUCUUGACUUAUUGGAAUAUCCGGGGUGAAAUUAACAUUUCUUCUCAUGAUAUAUGACUCUUUUCUUUUGGGCUGAUUCAAAAAGAUAACACCUUUUUUAUAUGGCAUAAUACAUAAACAUACCUUUUUACUCGGCCUUGGCUGACAUUAAUGCCCUCCAACUUUGGGCACAUUUAUGUAUUAUGCCUAUAAAAUAUUGUUGCUAGAGCUGCCUCUGUUGGCAGUUGAGUUCAAGCCAGUUGAAUGCCUGACUGAGCCUUUUGCCAAUUUACUAAAUCUUAACAAGUUAAGUUUCAUGUUCUUUUCCUUGAUAUUUCUUGACUGGCCAUGUAGUUAGCCUUUGUGAAUUGAUUGCAGAUAUUAUAUUUAAAAGUUGGCAAAAGAAGAAAGGAUGCAUUAGGACAGCAAAUGAACUAUCAAAAGGAAAUGCAUAAUUUGUAGGGCUACUAACUGAGAAACUUAUAUACAGUAUAUUGUGUUAUUAACAUGAUGGAAUAAGAAUAUGGAUGGAGAGAGUGCCUGCUGUACGUUUGCCAUUGUUCUUAUGCAAAAUUGACUCUUAGGUUGUUUCCGUUUUACUUCAGUACUUGACUACUCUUCUUUUAUUUUGCAAUAAUUGUCUUUUGGGGGAUUUUGGGAUCUUUUCAUAAUUUGCUCUGGAUUUUUGAGAUAUUUGACUUAUUGGAUUGACAAAUUCUUGGUGAGGAGAUCACUUUCUUCUGGAGUUCUCCUCACCAAGAAAGGUGCUAACCUGGAUUACUCAAUAGCAUUUAAAGUUUCUCAAUAGUAUCAGAAUAUACUGGUUAUCCAAUAUAUCAUAUGAGCUUUGUAGAGUAAAGCCCCUUGAUAUGAAAUCUGGUUCAAUUCCCACAGCAUCUAUAGUAUAACCUCUUUCUGAAUCAAGAAGAUCUCCAGGACAAGACGUCUCACCUGUUACAGAGAUGAUCCCAUGGCGCCGUAUCUCAGGUCAACCUGUUACAGAGCCUGAUGAGGCGGCAAAAUUUUUUGGGUGCCCUUUAUCCCCUCAGAAGUUGAAGCCGGAAAGUUGUUGCCAUGACAAGGAUGAAAGGCUGUUGAGUUAACAAGCCACGGGUAUGAACCUUCUGAGAGAGAUAUCUUGCAUCCCAAUGAAACCUUUUGAGACAAUCUAGAAGCUCCUGCACCACCUCUCACUAGGGUCUUGUUUGACAUGUUCUCUGUUUUUUUGAUGAUCUGCUCAUCGGUCUGUCAGUUGAUUUGUGAUUGUAAGUGUGGUGAUAAAUGUCUUUAAUUCUGGCGAUCUGAUCUCGUGCUAGUGAUUCCGAUGAAGACUUCUUCGACAACUAGCUGGGAAAUCAACCUAAAUUACAUAACACUUACCCGAUAUCUUUGACCCAAUCAACACCUCCACAAACCCUCCACCUUGAAGACAUACUAGUAGUUGUACUCCAUGGAAAGGCAGCGGGAACUCAUGGUGGGAGCAGACCGACUUAGCGAUUUACCCGAUUCAAUCCUACUUCACAUCCUCUCUAUGUUGCCGAACAAUAAAGAAGUUGUGAGAACUAGUGUAUUGUCUGAACGAUGGCAGUUUCUCUGGAAAUUCGUUCCAACAUCACUCAAUUUCAACUUCCCGAUUAGUGACAAUGAAAAUGUCACUCGUGAUUACCUAGUUUCUAUCCACAGAGAACUUUAUUAUUGGAGGUCUUGCGAAAAAAUUCGGAAACUCAGAGUGUGGGGCCUUAAGUAUGAGGAGCGUUAUGCUAAAGAUGUUGAUAUAUGGGUUCAUUUUGCGACUAGACUUGCUAAUAUUGAAGAUCUUGAACUUGGUCUUCUUACCAAUAACCGAAGAUAUGAGUUUCCUCAAUUUGCAUAUAAAACUGCAUCGUUGAGGAAUUUGGUGUUAUGGAACUGCCGGUUGAACCCUUUUGGAAAUGUUAACUGGAGUAGUCUCGUUUCUCUUUCAAUUGUUUACAUGGGAUUCACAGAUGGUGUCGUGGAAAAGGUAUUAUCUGGUUGCCCUAACGUGGAGUACUUGGAAUUGGAAAAUUUUUUAGGCAUACAUCGUUUGGAAAUAAGAUCUAUGAAGUUGAGAGAAUUGAUUAUACGCGACUAUAAAAAUGAGAAUCAUGACCUUUGGCUCGAAUUAUUAGCCCCUUACAUUCAAAAACUGCAAAUUUUGGGGUUGUGCAGUGAGAUAUGCAUCAUAAAUGUGGCAUCACUUGUGACUGCGGUGCUUUGUUUUGAUUUUGAUUUUGAGGACGAAGAACAAAACUUGGAGAGGGAAUUUAGGUUUUUUAAGGAACUUCUUCAUAGCGUUGCCCACGUCGAGAAUCUUAACUUGGGAUCCUGGUGCAUAGAGUGCUUGUCCAUCUUGGAGUUGACAGGGUGGGAGUUUCCACCAUCAAGCCGGAAGUUCUUAGAACUUGGUGUGGAAUUUGAACAGUUGGACUUCCCUGGAAUUUGCUGUUUUCUGCAGAGCACACUGGAUCUUGAGACAUUGGUCAUUGAUUGGUACGAUGUUGAAUCUGGAGACUUGCUGUCAAGGUACAUAAAUGAGGAUGAACAGAUCAGGAGGUUUGAGUCCCAUAGUUUUAAUGGCUCAUUUCCAUAUCUGAAGACCAUCAAGAUCCUUAACUUUUAUGGAUUUGUGCUGCCAUUGGUAAAAUAUUUGCUGAAGCAUGCAAUUGUGCUAGAAAAGUUUGACAUUGUUGUUGUAUACCAAGGGAGUGAUGUGUCUACGCAUUAUGCUACACAAUGGCACAAGAGCUCGCAAGCUAUCCAAGAUCCUCUCCGCAUGCUUCAGUUGACUUUUCUUAUUGAUGACUUUGGUCCCCUACCGUUUGUUAAUAUCGCAACAUACUUGACAUCUAUAACUUUAUGUUUGAAGUUGUCCGGUUUGAGCUGUCAGAAAAAGCUUGGAUUGCACUUGUCAAUAUCCAAGGAGGUGUUGGUAGUUCUUCAUGUCUAAGUAACAGUGUGUGUAUCCUCUAAUAGUGAUAUGGAAGAAAGCUUGCUCUAAUGCUUUGUAAUUUCUAUUUAUUUUGCUAAAUCCUGAUCUUGUUGCCAAUAC